UUCACACUAGGCGGGGUGACAGAGAGACACUCGUUCUGGUUCAUACAUGUAGAUUACAAGUACGAAGACGGUUAAAAUAGACUGGAUUAAGAUAAUACGUCGACUACUACCCUUCUCUUUGCUCCCCAUUUACGGAUACAGUACAAGGAAUUUUCGUGUUGGAUUUGUUUUGUUGGCUAUGGAAUUUGAAAGUUUCCUCCAACCUMAAUGCAUAAGAUGGCGUAUGUGUUGUGGACUGCGAUGGCAAGUACUGGUUUYUCUYCUGUAUCUCASUCAUAYUGUGAGUUCCCAAAUCCGGUAUUCYAUUCCGGAGGAGAUGAAGAAAGGCUCUYUUAUCGGUAACGUGGCUCAAGACCUGGGGUUAGAUUUGAAAMGGCUMMGKRCGGGCCGGGCCCGUAUCGUGACCGGAGAAAGCAUUCAGUACACAGAGCUGAAGACAGACAAAGGGAUUCUAGUCGUGAGUGAGAGRAUAGACCGAGAGCAGCUUUGUGGCGACGUCACRCCKUGUAGCUUCAGCUUCGAAAUGAUUCUAGAGAAUCCGAUGGAACUACACCUAGUCACUGUAGAAAUAUUAGACGUUAAUGAUAAUGCGCCCGUGUUUCAACAGAAUGAUAUACAAUUGAAAAUCAGCGAAUCUGCUUCUGCAGGGGCGCGCUUUACCCUAGCAACUGCAGAUGACCCUGAUGUAGGCCUUAACGCCUUACAAAAUUACAUUCUAACACCGAAUGAUAAUUUUGUCCUWAAACAACAUACRAAUCCAGAYGGUAGUAAAUAUGCCGAGAUGGUUCUCCAGAAACCGUUAGACAGAGAGGAGCAUCCUCGUCUCUCUCUAAAGCUAAUCGCURUAGACGGUGGARAUCCGCAGAGAUCUGGCACAGUAAAUAUAGAAAUCACUGUCCUWGAUGCCAAUGACAAUGCUCCUGUGUUUAACCAGUCGGUGUAUMGGGCUGCUGUGGUGGAAAACGCACUGAAAAGCACCUAUAUUACCACCGUGAACGCCAGUGAUGCAGACAGUGGUUCCAAUGGCUAUAUAUCGUACAUGUUUUCUAAUUUAAAAGGCACAGUUUCCGAAACCUUCACUAUUGAUGCAAACACUGGUGUCAUUUCCGUGUUAGGGGAAAUAGAUUAUGAAAAAUAUAAGAAAUACGAAAUUCGAAUAGAUGCCACCGACCAAGGUGGCUUGACUGAYUCGAGCAAAGUCAUUGUUGAGGUMAUUGAUGUAAACGACAAUGAGCCUGUAAUAAGUGUGAUGUCAUUCACUAGUCCGGUCUCUGAAGAUUCACCUCACGGUACAACCAUCGGAAUUAUCAACGUUAAAGACCUUGACUCGGGUGAAAACGGACAGGUGAGCUGUAGCAUAGACCAACACAUUCCUUUUAGUAUAAAAUCCAAUUUAAGAAAUUACUACACCUUGCUAACAGGCGCUGUGUUAGAUCGUGAGAGGGUGUCAGAAUAUAACAUCACUGUAGUCGCCACUGACGCAGGGUCGCCUCCUCUCUCAAGUAAGAGAACCUUUCACCUGAAGGUGUCUGAUGUCAAUGACAAUGCCCCAGUGUUUCCACAUGGCGUGUACAACUCUUAUAUCGCAGAGAAUAACUCUCCAGGCGUCUCUAUACUUACUGUUACAGCUAAAGACACCGAUUCCAAUCAAAAUGCCCGUAUUUCCUAUAUUCUAGAAGAUUCUGAUGUCAGCGGGACUCCUGUGUCUGUUUAUGUUUCCGUAAACGCAGAAAGUGGGGUCAUACACGCAGCGCGCUCCUUUGAUUAUGAACAAAUUAAACAACUAAGACUCGUCGUUAAGGCGCAAGAUGGAGGCUCUCCYCCACUCAGUAGCAAUGUGAGUGUCACCAUCUUCAUCCAAGAUCAGAACGACAACGCGCCUCAGGUUCUAUAUCCAGUCCAGACUAGCAGCUCUCUGGUGGCUGAAAUGGUGCCUCGUUCAGCAGAUGUUGGUUAUCUUGUCACUAAAGUGGUGGCUGUUGAUGUGGACUCCGGACAGAAUGCCUGGCUCUCGUAUAAACUGCAGAAAGCGACAGACAGGGCGCUGUUUGAAGUGGGCUUGCAGAAUGGGGAAAUUAGAACUAUACGCCAAGUCAAUGAUAAAGAUGCUGUGAAACAAAGGCUCACUGUUGUAGUGGAGGACAAUGGGCAGCCUUCUCGUUCAGCUACAGUCAAUGUUAACGUGGCGGUGGCGGACAGCUUUCCCGACGUGCUCUCGGAGUUCACUGACUUUACACACGACAAGGAGUACAAUGACAACCUGACUUUUUACUUAGUCUUGGCUUUGGCUGUAGUCUCAUUUCUGUUCAUCACGUGUUUAGUGGUUAUUAUAUCAGUGAAAAUAUACAGAUGGAGACAGUCUCGUGUCCUCUAUCAUUCCAAUCUCCCGGUUAUUCCUUAUUAUCCACCGCGUUACGCAGACACUUUGGGGACAGGAACUCUACAGCACGUGUACAAUUACGAGGUGUGCAGGACGASUGACUCCAGAAAGAGUGACUGUCAGUUCGCCAGACCCUGUAGUCAGAACGUACUGAUAAUGGACCCCAGUUCUACAGGGACGAUGCAGCGGAUGCAGAGUGAAAAUAACAUAUUGGAUGAACCAGACUCCCCGCUAGAGCAAAAGCCUCCUAACGCCGACUGGCGCUUCACCCAAGGACAGAGACCUGGACCCAGUGGGGCUGGAGGUCCCCCUGAGAUGGCCAUGGGAACAGGACCCUGGCCCAACCCCCCCACUGAGGCCGAGCAGCUCCAAGCCCUGAUGGCCGCAGCCAACGUGAGCGAGGCGACCGCAACCCUGGGGCCGGGCACCAUGGGACUAAGCACCCGUUACAGCCCCCAGUUCACCCUGCAGCACGUGCCCGACUGUCAGAACGUCUCACUCCCUGGCAGCACCGCCACCUUGACCUCCAACCCCAGCAGCCAGCAGCAGCAGAUGCUGAUGCAGCAGCAGAUGGCAGCCCAACAUCAGGCACUGCAGGCCCAGCCCUCCGAGGCCGCCGCUCAGCCUGAACCCCCCAAGGGCCAGACCCCCGCCUCCAAGAAGAAGUCCACCAAGAAGGAGAAGAAGUAGGAUGGGUGGAGGAUGGAUAGAUAUGGAAAAUACGAUGAGAAAAGAGAAACCGACCCGAUGAGAACUGAAAUCCCCCCCCCUGCUACCAACCCAAUCCUCUACACCUCCUCUCAAUGCGUUUACUCUAACCAGGGUCUGGAUUCUAUUGGUCACGCUCAKAUGAUAACACGAAAUGUGGAGAUGUUUGCGAAUGUUUGUCUUUGGCCUCUGGAAUGGGUUGAAGGUUUAAGAGCGAACAGCGUUGACAUUUUGUUUUUGUUUUGUUUUCUUUCUGAAAGCUAUCUAGAAAUAGUUGUCUUUUUGGAAAGCCUGUGUCCUUUAAAAAAAAACAAGUAUUAAUACUAUUUGCAGAUACGGAAGACAUGCGGGUUCAGGGGGGAUUUUGUUUUGGUUAAAUCAAUGAAUUUGAAUUCACUUCAGACACAACAGUUUGAGUGGAAGCAACUUUGCUUGRAUAACAAGGCUUUGGCCAGUGACGUAUUCACAGGUGGAUAUUUUAACGAUGUUCCAUAAGAUGUUUCAUGUUGGAUUAUAAUUAUAAUUCCUUWUUUUCCUGAGAUGGAAAGUAGAUCCUUGUUGACUAUACUAGAUUGCCAUGAUAAGAUUCCUAUAUAGGAUCAGCCUUAUAGGAUCCUACACCACAGCUCUUUGGGACACGGGAAUGGGUAUUCCAUUGCACUGGUACAGUAGUAUUCCACUCUGCAUGUCCCUAUGUGUUCAAACCACAGACCUUCUAGAAGAUUCAACUAUGCAUUGAAUAAUGUUGCAACGAGGACGACCACCUUAAAAAAAUACAGGUCGACGAAUGCCCUCGUAGCAUUUACCUGACGUGGUCGCUAAAAACGAUAAAUAUUAUUUUGUAAGCAUAGUUAAAUGGUAAGAUUUGAAUCUUUCACUGUUUUUAUGACCUGAGCAUGAACCCUAUUAGAAAACUAGCACUGAGGGGGAAGGGCAUGUUAUAGUACUAUCAGCCCUAUUUGCUGGCUUGGUGGCAUAGUAGGCGCUGCCCCUUUUUAAAACUACCCAGAUGGGUAUAGAGACCCUCCUGCUGUCCACCCAUGCACCUCUAUCCCCUCCUCAACCAGAUGAUGUGCCCUCCCCUCACUGGCUGUCCCACUUUGAGAGCCAGACCAUAGAGAUGCACUGUUCAUACUAUAAAGAUGAGACGCAGGGUAAAAAAUAACUUCAAAGUAGAGAUCUUUAACGGCGUGCUUAGGAGGUAGACACUUCUUAGGCCGCUAAAGUCUAGAUUGAGUGUUCAUCCCUUGCUACGUACCCUGAAGUGCUGAUGAUUAUAUUUCUUGAUGUGGGAAGUGUUUUUUGAUGACUCAGUAGUAUAAGAUAAGUAUGAAGUCUUUUCUUUGCCGUCAGUCCGUCCGUCUGUCCGGCAACUAGCUGGACACCACUGCAUGAAGAGGCAGCUUGCAGGCUGGGUUCAAGGGGGAGUGGAGAGGGGUGGGCUGAGGGGUACGACGUCUGGGUUGGUACAAUUAGAUUGACGGGGAGGGGGGCAAUGACCUUGGCCCUACUCACUGAAUGUACACAGGCACCACUGUUGACCCUCCCUCCUAGUCCACCCCUAAACAUCCUCUAAUGCACUGACCCAGGUUAGAGGUCAACAGAGACAAGCACAUCCCUCCAUGUCACAGAGGAGAUACCACUUCAGAAGCAGGGAGGGGGGACAGAGUUAGCUCCUCGCUGUAUCUAUCCCCUCAGUGUAAAUCCCUUCUGGCAACGCUAACCUCAGACUCUCCCCUUGCUUCCAUCCCUCCACCCCCUGGUCCUGUGAAGGCUCUUCCCCUCUGUAAAUAAACACUAGUCCUGUCGAUGGUAUGAGCCAAUUGUUUGUAUAGUACGGACCACAUCCAGAAUUUUCAAACUAAAAGUCCCUACUCCUCAAGGCGUGGCUUACUGGAAUGUGUUGUAUUUGUUUUUCAAGAAAAAUAAGAAAACCACAGCGGGAGAAAAAAAACGAUCUCUGAAAUGUUCUUCAACAGUUUUUGUUGCAAUGUAGUAACUAAGCACCAUGAAGGCCAACUAACUAACUCUUCAGUGUAAAUAUAAAGAAAGUUGCUAAUAACUUUAGACGAUAAGUAAACAGAGUGACACACACGUAGACUAGUUAACUUGUGAUAUGUGUUGCGCAUAUUAUUGUGUUCAUUUUCUCUAUCUCUAUUUUACUACCCUGUAAAGAAACGAAACAAAAAAAAUGAUAUUGAAAAAAUGUUUCUAUCCUUCUGUAACCUUUUUCUGUGCUUUAUAUUUCUUGUGCAUUUGCGCAAGAAUGCCUCUGUCCAUAUGAGCAAAUUAUUAUAAAUAUUAUAUAUGUGUGUACGUCCGUCCGCUGCUGAAUUAAUCCUCUCUCGUGCUGUAAUAUCUUUCUUAUGAAAUGCUUAGACCUCCUACGCUCCUCCCGGUGUUAAUCUCUUCAUUUUUAUGCUAAUAUUUAUAUUGCUGUUUUAUUUUCUCUUGAACACUGACAUUUCAAAUAAAAGGCUCUGAAAUCAUUAAA